AUGACGAAAAUAACAGAUGCAGCAACGAGACAGGCAGUUCAAAGUGCCUAUGACGCCGUUAGAGCAACUGUUGUGAAAAGUCAAGAAAAAGAGUUACAACAGACCAAAACAGACCUAGUAAAUGCUUUCUUAAAAACGAAAAGUCAGGUAGGACAUUACGCUGCAGAUGGAACAUAUGUGCCAGCUGGUGGAACUUAUAUACCACCAAACCCCCCAAGAGAAGCACCUGCACCAGGACUACCUAAAACAUUUACAUCGUCACAUGGACACAGACACAGGCAUGCACCAAAACCAACACAACAACCAACACAACAACCAACACAACAACCAGCACAACAACCAACAGUUCAAAACCCUGCACAGCAACCAACAGUUCAAAAUCCAGCACAACAACAACCACAAACAGAGCAAGGACAUAAAAGAAGUAGAGAACAAGGAAACCAAGAAUUCUUAAAAAUGCUUAAAGAAGAGUGUGGUUUCCCAGAUACUGUUGACUUUAGUGACAGAUAUAAAGAAGCUAUUGGAAAGUUCAAGGAUGGAAAUACUGACCCGAACCUAUUUAGCUUUAUGGCUCAGCACCAAAACGGAUAUAAUCUCAAACCUGGAAAAUACAAGCUCGCUAAGGGAUAUGAUUUAAUAGCAUAUCAUCCAAAUGACAUGGAUGAAUUUACUCCGAGAUAUUUGAUGUCAGAGCUAAAUGACAAUUCAACUUUCGUCAUGAAACGCGUAAAAAAUAGAGACGGAACGAAAGAACAAAAGCUUAUGAAUGCGGAUGACGUAGAUAGGGAAAUUGUUGAAAACGGUCUCGGAAUAUAUGAAAUGCCAGCAGAUGAGGUACAAGAAACUCCACAGGAAGAAGUUCAGAUACAACCAGACAUGGAAGAAAUAGUUCAGCAACAACAGCUAGAAGAGCCUGAAGGAAACGAACAAGUCACUCCUUUGGAAACUAACUUCACAGAACUAGAUGAAGAUUUGGAACAGCCGAAAAAUCUUGACCCUCAACAAGAGUAUGCGGAGAAUAUGGAAUAUUUCCAAGAGUCUAAAAAAAAUUCGGCUGACAUAGUAGAAGAAUAUCGAAAAAUGUUUGCCGACAUACAAAAGACUCCAACACCAGAUGAAAAUAUUCUGCAUAGAAUGGAAGUACUGAAAGAAAAUGUACACAAAUACAACAACCCUUUUUACUUACGAGCAUUUAACGUUCAAUCUUCGGAUGAACUCGGUGAAGAUAAAAGGUUAAAUUUCAAGAAAACAUAUAGAAAUGAAACAUUGUUUAAAGUUCAUUCAGAACCUAACCAAGAUGGAAACAAACCUACUUUUGUUUCUGCAGACGAUGGAACUACAAUGAGAUGGGGUCAUAAAGCUAACCCGGAUAGGUGGUUCAUAAACUUACAACCUCAAUUCCAAGAAGUUGUAGACGCAAUGGAAGUCAAUGGUGAACCAGAUAUAGCUGGUAUUUUCAGCGCGGCUUUAAUGCCAUUGAAAGAUAUGAAAGAUGCAGAUAUUUUGGACCAGUAUGAAAUGAACAUGGCUGAUGGAAAUAUAACACCUGACGUUCUAAAACAUUUAUCUCAAAGAACUACACAGAACCAUAAAGAUGGUAUAUUUGGUGAAGAGUUUAGAAAGAAAGUUAGGGAGAGAGAAGGAAGAGAACCUAUUGUACAUGACCUUGCAAACGAAAGUUUACAAAAUGUCAUAAAAACUUACUUUGCAGACAAUGAACUGAGAAGGGAUGAAUAUUUAAGAAAACUCAAAUGGACAGUACCAGAUGAAAUGUUAGUAUUGAAAAACAUGUUCCUUGACAAAAUAAAACCAACUACAGAAAUAAACGACGCAAGACUGAAAGAUUGGGUAAAAGCUUUCCCAUUCACAAAAGAUAUUGUUGGUAACAUGGAAAGAAAACCAGAAUGGCUACAAAAACAUAUAUUUGGAAACGAGCAUAUUCCAUAUGGACAGGCACUGUUUGAAGAGCUUGAACCAGAAACUCAGGAAAGAGUCAUGCAAACAAUACGCAAAGACUCAAAUACAGACUAUGACAAACUCUUUCUAGGAUAUAGGUUACCUGAGAUGGGCGACCAGAGCCAAAAGGCAAAAAGGACAUGGGAAAUUUGCAACAUACUAGAUGAACAUAAUGCAAAGAUGCAACAACUUCAAGCAGAGGGCAAUGAAGGAAAAAGAAGAGUUAAAAACUCAGUCAGGAAGAAAGUAAAGCUUGGUCCACGUGGGUUCUAUUAUGACAUAUAA